CACGUAUAUAAUUAAAUUAGGGUUGUAGAACAUCAUUCGUUCCUCUAGUUUACAAGCAGCUGCAGCCGCUCUAUCAAUUGUCACGCGCGCGCACACACACACAGUUUUUUUUGAAAGUGAAAGAUGGAGUCAGCGAUUAAGCACGCCGUGGUGGUGAAAGUGAUGGGAAGGACCGGGUCAAGAGGUCAAGUGACUCAGGUCAGGGUUAAGUUUUUGGAUGAUCAGAACCGGUUCAUCAUGAGGAAUGUUAAAGGUCCAGUCAGAGAAGGUGAUGUUCUUACUUUGCUCGAGUCUGAGAGGGAGGCCAGAAGGUUGCGUUAGAUUUACCAGUUUUUACUAUCGUGAAAUCAUUAUGAAAGCCUACUUUAUGUUUUAGUUUUUAUGCUGUUUAUGUUUGAAGACUUAUGGUGAUUUUGUUGUGCUAGAAGAAGGUUUAUCUUUUAAUGCUUUGUGACUUUAUCGUAUGAGAUUUUAAAUGAAGAAUUGUUAUUGAAA